CAAGCGGCUGCGAUCAAAAAUCAUGUCGAACACUGCAAGGCUCAAAGAAAACUUAGAAGACUCAGAGCUAUGGGAUUCUAUCAGCAAUUUGUCGCCUUACAAGACCAUGUUGCGGCUGCUAUUUUGCAUUGGUGUCUCAGCUCUACUUCGAAUCGAGUAUCUGAUAGCAGCCGCGGUCGUCGCACGUUUUGCUCCGGACUGGACGCAGAACAAAGCCCGUAUAUUCACUGUUCGUGUUGUCUCAUUCACUCAUGCAACGAUCUCAUCAUUGGGAUGCUUAUGCAGCUUGCUGUUGGAUCCCAAUUACUUCAAAGAGCCUUAUGAUUACAGUACGAACUCAGCACAAUACGUAUUCCUCUUUUCCAUGGGAUAUUUCAUCUAUGAUCUCAUUGAUAUGUACAUCCAUGGUGAGGCACCAAACUCAAAAGAGUAUUUUAUUCAUCACUCACUUGUAAUAACAGCGUUCACAAUCAUUCUCCUCACGGGUAAAUUGUUUGGAUUUGCGAUGAUUGGAUUGCUCGUUGAGGUGCAGACAAUUUUCCUUCAUCUACGUACGAUGGUACGUCUGGCUGGAUGCUCAAAACGAGGAACUGUAGCAUACAAUGCUUUAAUCAAUGCUAACAUGAUCUGCAUGUUCCUCUUCAGGCACAUCCCUGUGACUUAUCUCCUAUAUGUUAUGCUUGUACAAGACUACAAGACACCUUUCAUUCUGCGCACCAUGCUAACUGGAGGGCUAGGAUUUCUAACAUACCACAACACUCAUCUGACGGCAUCUAUGAUCAAAGCCGAUGGUUUCUUCGGAUACGAAAUGCAAACACUAGAUGAAGACAGUGUUGACCCGCUGGGAUCUGUAAAGGUCAAAAAGGAAAAUAAAUAGUGCGGAAUUAGUCUGACUCCAAAGCAGCGCUGUUCUCCCUUCUAUCACUCUUAUAAUCUCAUAUUUUGAAUCAUUUUGGGGCUUGCUUUAUUUAGGCUCUUUCUUAGAAUCUGUAACUUAUGUCUUUUUCUUUCUGGUUAAGUUCCUUGGCCCAAUGUAGAGUUUUACCUAGAGCUGAUGAUUGCGUGUUUUCUUUACUGAGCACACGGUAAAGGAGUCACUAGUUCCCACUAGCGGCCACUAACUCGCUCAUGCGGUGCUGAAC